AUGGACAACGAAAAGUGCCGUAUACUUAUUCAAUUGUAUAGCGCUAAAGAAUUUUUGUGGAACAGCAAAUCCACCCAAUACCACAAUAAAUCGCUGAGGUAUGAUGCGUGGAUAGAAAUCAGUAAGAAAAUGGAUAUACCUAUUCCUGACUUGAAAAAGAAAAUGACUACACUUUUGGCGUCCUACAGAAGAGAAAAAUCUAGAAUAGCUAAAAGUUGUCGUACUGGUUCUGCCACAAAUGAAGUUUACGUUUCGAAGUGGUUUGCUUUCGAUGACUUUAAUUUCAUGAGGGAUAAAGAUCUACCCAAUGAAACAUUGGACACAAUGUCUGAAAAUUCGGCAACAGCACAAAUUGCACAAAAUAAUGAUACAGGACCAAUUACACCUUCUGCUAUGGAACAAGAAAUAGAACCACCAAGUGACAUUAUGAACGCUCCAGAUAGUCUGAGAGUAAAGAAAAAGAAAAAGGCAAACGCUGAAGAAGAUUCCCCUAUGCUGAAAAAAGCAUUUCAGGUUCUCACUGAAUCCGCUGCAUCAUCUGCUGACCCAUAUUUUUCAUACGGCCAGCACAUUGCUAAUGAGCUCCGUAAAUAUGAUUCACGGACUUUAAUAUACGUGAAGCAAGCUAUUAACAAUGUAAUAUUUGAAGCUGACUUAGGAAAAUAUGGGUGUUGUACCCAAAUUUCACAGUCACACUACACCUCAACGCCGUCUCCUCAGGCCUCGACUCCGUCUUCUCAGAUUCCAGACACUACUACUGCUGAACGUGAACCAACGCCAUUGCCUAUGGACGAUUUUUUCCCCUAA